AUGCCUGAGCACACCGUCGCCUCGAGGCUUCAGCUUUCCGGGCUGUGCUUCCUCCUCCAAAUCCUCACCAUCAUCCUCUUCGCCGUCUUUGUCCGGUACAGCCCAGAAAGCAGCGUCGGUCUCUGCUCCCAGCAGCUGAACUGCAGCUGGAGAAACCAGGACUUGGGUUUUCAGCACCCCCGUUUCCGGGACGUCCGCCUCCAAGUUCUCCUUGGCUUCGGGCUCCUGAUGGCCUUCCUUGGUCGCUACGGGCCGGGCAGCGUGACCGUCAGCAUCCUCAUUGUGGCCUUCGCCAUCCAGUGGGCCGUAUUGAUCCAGGGGUUUUUAUACUUCUUCCCGAAUGAUAAAAUUUAUGUGGGAGCUCAGAGCAUGGUCAGUGCCGACUUCUGCACCGCAGCCAUCCUGAUCUCCACCGGAGCUGUUCUGGGCAGGGUAAACCCUCUGCAGAUGCUGCUGCUGACCCUGCUGGGAGUCACCCUCUUCGCUCUCAACGAAUACAUCCUGCUCAGUCUCAUGGGGGUAAGCGACAACGGGGGUUCCUUGACCGUCCACACCUUCGGUGCUUAUUUCGGCUUGAUGGUUUCACGGAUCUUGCACCAGCCCCGUGUGGACAAGAGGAAAAAGCAGCCGGACACGGGGCACCAACCAGAUGUCUUUGCUGUGGUUGGAACCAUCUACCUGUGGAUCUUCUGGCCCAGCUUCACCUCAGCCACCACUGUCCAGGACGACACGGAGCCCUGGGCAGUGCUCAACACCUACUUCUCACUGGUAGCAAGCACCCUGGCCACCUUUGUCCUCUCGCCUGUCCUCUACGAGGAGAGCACCCCGCGGAUGGUUCAGAUCCAGGAUGCCACCUUGGCCGGCGUGGCCGUGAUGGGUAUGGCUGGGGAGAUGCUGGUCACCCCCUUCGGGGCCCUGAUCGCGGGGUUUCUGGCCGGUCUGAUCCCCCUGCUUGGCUUCAGAUUCCUCACGCCCAUCCUGCACUCCAGGCUGAAAAUGCAGGACACGUGUGGGGUUCACAACGUCCACGGGCUGCCGGGGAUCCUGGGUGCCUUACUGCUGGAGCUCGUCUUCCCGUUGGUAGCCCAGGGCAGCCGGACAGUGGCCACCCAGGCACUCUGCCAGUUCUGCGCCCUCCACGUCCCCCUGCUGCUGGUGGCCGAGGAAGGAUGCGAGCGCAGGGCAAGCGGAAAGGAACCGAGCACCAGCACCUUGGUCUAA